AUGUCGGGAGGUAGGGCAAAAGGAGGAGUAUCUCUUAAACAAUUUGAAUUUGAACAUUUUUUAAUGAAAUAUUAUGAGCCCGAGCGGCUAAAAGAAAUUUUAAUUUCUGCGACCCAUAAUAAGGUAAAUCUCACUUCUGAAAAAGGCGGUUAUGGGUGGUAUUUUGAAACGCCUGAUGACACAUCAGACGAUUAUUUAUUGCCAGAAGGGGAUACUAAUACUAGCCUUUUUGGGUUUUUACUCGGUGCACGAAUUAAUAAGGAAGAGGAGGUUGAAAUUGAACCUAAAGAGCCAGGGGGGAAAAAACAGAAAACAAGAUAUUCGUAUUAA